AUCCACAACGUACACGAUUCGAGGUCCCAGAGUAUGGUGGUGGUGGAUCAGUAUAAAGCAGUCGAAUCGGGGUUCUUAGAAUCGGCUAUUGUCAACUUCAACACAUUCAUCUCUCAGUUGGCCUAUCAACUGGUAUUCAACGACUUUGUGAUGCACCGCUCGACGAGGGUCACUAUUGCUGCUGAUUUCCGUGACGACGUAGCGCCCCCAACUCACACACUCUAUGCAUUUAGUACGCUUCCCCGGUACAAGCGUCUUAGCGGGACAAUCUUGCGUGCGCAGCGCAAAUGCAGUAUUUGCGGGCGGAAGGCCUCAUAUUACUGCUCCGGGUGCUCUGAUCCACUGGAAAACAAUUUCUUUGAGGUUUGCGGCCUGAAGACAGGUCGGGACUGCCACUCACUCCAUUUAAACACUACAUUGGUCUAA